CGGCCAAGCUUUUCCAGAUGUCCCUAGUAGAUUUGGGGAAGAAGCUUUUAGAAGCUGCCCGAGCUGGGCAAGAUGACGAAGUUCGGAUUUUGAUGGCAAAUGGAGCACCUUUUACCACAGAUUGGUUGGGAACAUCUCCACUUCAUCUAGCAGCACAAUAUGGGCACUACUCAACCACUGAAGUGUUACUUCGAGCAGGCGUAAGUCGGGAUGCCAGGACCAAAGUGGACAGAACUCCGUUGCAUAUGGCUGCUUCUGAAGGCCAUGCAAGCAUAGUAGAAGUUUUACUUAAGCAUGGCGCUGAUGUAAACGCAAAGGACAUGCUGAAGAUGACGGCGCUUCAUUGGGCUACAGAGCACAAUCACCAAGAAGUAGUGGAACUCUUAAUAAAAUAUGGAGCAGACGUCCACACGCAAAGUAAAUUUUGCAAAACAGCAUUAGAUAUUGCUAUCGACAAUGGAUUUGACGACCUGGCAGAAAUAUUACAGAUUGCAAUGCAGAACCAAAUCAACACCAAUCCGGAGAGUCCUGACACUGUGACGAUACACACAGCAACGCCGCAGUUCAUCAUUGGACCUGGCGGGGUGGUAAACCUAACAGAUGACACAGGGGUAUCUGCUGUCCAGUUUGGUAAUUCCUCCACUUCUGUACUGGCGACUUUGGCUGCCUUAGCAGAAGCUUCAGCUCCACUGUCCAACUCAUCGGAAACACCAGUUGUGGCUACGGAGGAAGUCGUGACUGCAGAAUCCGUGGAUGGUGCAAUUCAGCAAGUUGUCAGCUCUGGUGGUCAGCAGGUUAUCACCAUAGUAACGGACGGCAUUCAGCUUGGAAACCUCCAUUCCAUUCCGACCAGUGGGAUGGGUCAGCCCAUUAUUGUGACCAUGCCAGAUGGCCAGCAAGUGCUUACAGUACCAGCAACGGACAUAGCUGAAGAAACAGUGAUCAGCGAGGAGCCGCCAAUCAAGAGGCAAUGCAUUGAGAUCGUUGAAAGUCGGGUGGACUCUGCGGAAAUCGAAGAAAGAGAAACUUUACAGAAACAGCUGGAUGAGGCCAACCGGGAGGCGCAGAAGUAUCGCCAGCAGCUACUAAAGAAAGAGCAGGAGGCAGAGGCCUAUCGGCAGAAGUUGGAGGCCAUGACCCGCCUUCAGACGAACAAAGAAGCUGUUUGAAUGGCUUGAAGGGAG